AUGGCGACGGUAUCAACAGCGGGCUCGUACGAGCAGUACAAGCUUGACACCAAGCGCUUCAUCUUCUGGCUCAUCGACACUGCGAAGAAGCGGGACUACGACAUCGCUGAUCCAGCCGACACCCAGCAACCCUCGAGACGGCUGAAAGGCCAAGCGAGGAAGCAAGCAAAGCAAGUGACCAACCGAGCGACCGCGUCGAAGACCAAUUAUGUUAUCUCGACGGAAAAGAUCCUCGACUUGGCGAAACAUAUCGCAGACCAUGAGGAGACCUCGACAAUGCCCAAGUUUGUUUGGUACUCCUACAAGCGGGCCGUGAGAACGCGCCAGGCCUACGCCGACCGCUAUGCCCAGGAAGAACUGUCGGAGACGGCUUCAGACGAUGGCCACAUCUACUUCCUGUGGCUGUUGAAACACUGCCACACGAUCCUAAAGAAGAAGAUCGCAGUGCAGGCGGUCAGCCGACCGGAGACUGCGGCACCUGCGCAACUUCGAUUUAACAUCGCGACUGAACCGACAUCAGCGCCACCUCUCCUUCCAGUACCUGGAUCCGCACCGCAGGCUUUUGGUGAUAGUCAGGAGACCGUACCGGAAGAAAUCGCGGCUGCUGAGGCCGAGCGAGAAGCAAAAGGUCAUAAGCUGGAUGAGCUGGCUCGGAAAUUUGAACUCGACAUGAAGGUCAAACAAGACGCGGAGGCUGAACUCGAAACGAAGAGGAAAGCCAAAGACGAGAUCGCUUUGAGGAAGUCUUGCCUGGCGGACGAUAUGCGCAUCAUCGUCGAGCAGUUGGAGUCCGACUGGAACGACACUCACAAGGCCGAUGGCGAUGAAGAUUACUUGGAUGAGACCCGAGCUACUCUCAUGACGGAAGCUGCGUUCCAUCUCAUACGCCACACGGAAGAGGCCUUGGUAAAAGAAGCUCAUGAGAAAGGGCUGCCGCCAUUUGAUCCCUCUCUCGAUGAUGAUGACUUCUUUGGCAAGACCUCAAAAGCGCUCAGAAAGAUUGAGGCGGAGCGACGUUCACAACCAGGGGAGUAUUUGUUCUUCGCAUCGCGGUCGAUCAUCCAAGAUGAUGUCGCGAACCGGCAUUCAAACGAGGACUACGACUUCCUAGUACACUACUUGUUUGAAGCCGCACUGGAACCACAAGCUAGAAGGUCACAUGAGGAACAGUACCAGAUGCCACUACUAGCAGGAUCACUAGACGCUUUGUCUCGCGCAUACGGUUCGCUAGGCUCUUUCGGCUUCAUCUCAAUGGUUUUCAUAUUCGCCGCCGAGUUGAUGAUCAGAAUUCGAACGAAAGACCAAAACCGUUCGCUGAGGGAUUACAUACCAAUGUCACGACGGGCGAGGGGUGAAGAAGCCCAGUUCGCAUCUUGGCAUGAACGGGGAAUCCGCUUCCCACAUCUACUUCAGCAAGUCACAGACUCAGGGUAUACACACCGAGGUCUGAUCUUAGACCGGCCAUUCUCUCAUGCCCGGUAUGCUAAGAUGUGGAAGUUGGCGCCUGAGCAUCUGUUCUGCGGUUUGCAGAACGACUACCCGUGGCCGGUGUUCAGGACUACCGAAAUUGAAAAAGAGUGGAUGAUGAACCUCAAGAUGAGGAACGUCAGCAAUGGUCAUGGCAAUGAGUCUGCGCGUCAAGCGGCUGCCGCUCGGCACAUUCUUCCGCCACAGGACGGAGACUUCUUGCGUAACACCAUUCCGACUCUGAGAGCGAAGCUUUCCCUGGUUCACCUUUUGCUGCGCGAGGAAAUGGGACUCGGCUUUGCCAAUCUCAGCCCGCAAAUGUUCGCCAUAGCCCAUUUGUACAACUGCUUCCAAAAGCGGGGCUGGAUCAGCGGGCGCUGGCCGGAGCUUGAGCUCAUCAUGGACCGGCAUUCGAAGAAGAUCUUCUCCACCGCAAUACCCACGAAACCAGAUGAAUUUUACUCGCGCCUGCUGCUUGUAGCCGGGUACUCAACCACGUUCAUCAAGAAAACUCGGAAUACAGACAAGGAUGUUUACAGUCGCCGCGAUUUUGGGAAAGGCACCCACAAGACGUGCGAGUUGGAACCGCUUCCGAUGACGAAGAUUCUCCGCGACUAUGUCCACCAGAGGGAAACGGGAGUGCGCACCUGGUAUCGCAUGGAUGAGGAGAUGGCCAAGCACAGCAAAAGCUCUUCGCGGACGCAAGGUUCUGGCGACCUGAACAUCUUGUCGUUCAUCCAGGAGCUUCGCAAGUCGGCAGAGCUUCCUCGCGUUCUGGACCGCCUGGAAUUUGACUACAUCAGUCUGACGUUGCAAUGCAACGAACUUUGCGAGAAGAUCGAUACCGAACAAGCACAGCUUAGCGCUACUGGAGGGAAAAUACACAAAGAGGCGGACUGGAAGUCGCCCACCAGCGACGGGUUCAUGAUUGUGGCAACGCUCCUUGGAGAUCUCGACCGCGUUGUGAUGAAGAAGAAGCGCAAUCCCAAGGGAAACAUGGACAUGGCAGAUACGACCAAUGUCGUUGACGCAGCUGUUCGAGUGAUGCAAGGCUUUCUGGAUGGGCUGAAGUAG